AAUGAAAUCAACAAAGACCAGACAAAUUACAAAUACAUCUCAAAUUGAAACUACACUGAACAAUUAGAGUAUUUCUUCUCUUAAAGUUCUUAAAUUGCCAUACUUGUACACAAAACAUAAUCAAGUUCUAUCUACAUCUAGGAAACUCUUAUUAGAAGAGAAUUCUGUCCUUAUGUAGUUAAAUAACUAGAAAAAAGAUUUGUUAAAACUGAUUUAUGAUAGAUAAUUAGAUGAUGCUAUAGAUAGUAAAUCAUUCUUACAAUAGUGUAGUAACAAAGAAAUUAGUUUAGUAAUGUAUUGCCUAUGAUCUGAAUAUAUUUGGUAAAUCACUUCAUAUACUGGCAGACAUGUAUAUAUCUAAUAGAGAAUUUGCAAAUGGAUUGUACAUUUAUAAUGUACUUAGAGUUUUGGCAGAUGUUUAAAAUAAUUAAGCUCUUAAAAUUGAAGCUUUAAUUCAAAUGGGAGAUUUGUGUAAAUUAUAAUAAUAGUAUCAACUCAGCAAGAUAUUUUUAAAGAAAGCUCUUUAAUAUGUAUGGUAUAUGAAUGAUACUGAAAAUGAAGCAACAAUUUAUGAUUAUUUUGGAGUUCUUUAUUAUGUAUAAGGAGAAUUAAGAUUGGCUAAAGAAUAUCAUGAUAGAGCUAUGAAUUUUAUUAAAGAAUCUAAUGAUAGUGCUGCACGUAAACAUGGUAUUGAAUAUGUAAAGACAUAUAUAAAAAGAAUUAAUUAUUAAUCUUAAAUUAUGAAUAAUAUGGUAUUAUCUAAAUUAGGAUUAAUUUAAGGUAAUGAAACGGAAAUUAAAUUAAAUACACUUCUAGAUUUUAAUAUAUUGACAGAUUAAAUUUUAUAAGAUUAUGAAUUUUAAGUUGAAAUGUCUACACCAAAUAGACCUUAAAGAUGUAUAACUAAAAAUGGAGUACUUUAAAAUGAUGUUGAUAUGUUUGAAAAUGUAAAAGAAUUACAUGAAAGAUAAAAAAAAAGAAAAUUUUUUGAAAAAAAAAUACCAGUAAUGCAUUUAACUAGAUCAGUAUUUAAAUAAACAAUUGAAGAAUAACUUGAAUAACGUAUGAAAACAGAUAAACAAAAAAAUGUAUAUAUAUAUAAUAAAUCUUAUUAUUAUAGUCUGUUGAUGAAUUUAAGAAAUAAUUAUAAAAAUUUCACACUUAUAAAAACUUUCCUGAAAAAUUAGAAAAAGUAAAUAUAAAUCAUCUCUCUCCAAAUAGAAAUCUUAUUGGUUUUAAAUAUAGUUUUAAACCUAUGAGACAUUAAUUGCUAGAUUUAUUUGGUGAAAUUGAAUAAUAUAUGUAUUUACAUUCAUCCUGA